AUGGCGGCGAGAGGCCAUGUGCAAGACCCAAACGACAGGCGACUCCGACCGAUAUACGAUUACCUCGAUAAUGGCAACAACAAGAUGGCAAUCCAGCAGGCAGAUAAGCUGCUGAAAAAACACAAAGAUCUGCACUGUGCCAAGGUCCUAAAGGCAAUUGGCUUGCAACGGACCGGUAAGCAAGAUGAAGCUUUCACUUUGGCCCAAGAAGUGGCCACACUAGAGCCCACUGAUGACAACUCUCUACAAGCUCUUACGAUAUUGUAUAGAGAGAUGCACCGCCCGGAAUUGGUAAUUACGCUGUACGAAGCUGCGGUUAAGAAGGUUCCUCUGAGUGAAGAAUAUCACUCGCACCUCUUCAUGGCCUAUGCUCGUGUGGGGGAGUACAAAAAGAUGCAACAGGUCGGAAUGGCCCUCUAUAAGAUUGUCCCGAAAAACCCUUAUUACUUCUGGUCUGUCAUGAGUCUGGUAAUGCAGGCCAUCUCGGCACAGGAUGAGAAGCUGGCCCAGACCAUGUUCCUGCCUCUGGCUGAACGCAUGGUGGAGAAAAUGGUGAAAGAGGAAAAGAUCGAAGCAGAGGCGGAGGUGCAACUGUACAUUAUGAUCUUGGAGUGCCUGGGAAAGUUAAUGGAGGCUCUUGAUGUAAUCAGAGGCCCACUCGGGGACAAGCUGAACAGUGAGCUGCAGAGCAGGGAGAGGAAGUGUAUGAGGCUCUACAAGCGCCUGCAGCACUGGCCCGAACGCAACGCCUUGGCCCACAAGCUGCUGCUCAAAAAUCCUGAUGAUUGGCAGUUUUAUCUGGUUUACUUUGACUCGCUCUUCAAACUGAUGGAUCAGUCCUGGAGCCCGCCCGAGGAAGGAGAACACUGUGUGGAGGGCCCAGUACAUCACUCUGUGUCUGAGGUGGUGAGUUUUGUGGAAGACCGAAUAAAAGAAGAGGACAACAAAGAGUCUCAUCCACUGAGAGGUCCCUACCUGGCUCGCCUGGAGCUAAUACACCGCCUGCGAGAGAGAGGCUGCCCUGAAGAAAGCCAGCUCGGUGACCCGUCAGAGCUGAUGGUGCAGUUCUUUAGGAAAUUCGGAGACAAGCCCUGCUGUAUCACAGACCUGAAAAUAUAUUUACACCUGCUCUCCCCUGACCAACAUGUUCAGUUAAUCAACCAGCUGGAAGAGGCGGCUGCUCCGGGACGGGAGCAGGAGGACAGAUCGGCGUUCCCGAAGGACACCAAAGCGCUGCAGAGACACCUGUGUGUAUGCCAGCUGAGCCGGGCGCUGGGGCUGCAGCACGCGCUCGACGUCGACGGAAAGCUGCAGCUGGUGGCGGAGCUGAAAGCUCACUACCACCACGGCCUGCAGUUCGGGGAGACGUCUGUGAAGACGGAGCUGCAGUUCUCUGAUAUGUAUUGCCUCAUGGCAGCUCAUGUGUAUAUUGACUUGUGGAAAGAGACGGGGGACGAGACGAUGGUGUGGCGGUGUUUAGGUCUCCUCCACCAGGGUCUGUCUCAUAGUCCCUUCAACGCCCAGUUCAAGCUGCUGCUGCUGCUUCUCUACUGUCAUCUGGGCGCCUUUCAGCCUGUCAUGGAUCUCUUCUCCAGCCUGGACGCCAAGCAUAUACAGCAUGACACUAUAGGGUAUCUGCUGACGCGUUUUGCCGAGUCGUGUGGUCAGUUUGCUGCUGCCUCCCAGUCGUGUAAUUUCUCCCUCAGGUUCUUCCAUUCGAACCAGAAAGAUACCUCAGAGUACGUCAUCCAGGCUUACAAGUACGGAGCCUUUGAGAAGAUCCCGGACUUCAUCGCUCUCCGAAGCAGGCUGAACCAGUCGCUGCACUUCGCUCAGGUCCGCACAGAGAGAAUGCUGAUGGACCUGUUCCUGGAGGCAGACAUCGUGCUGAGUCUGGAGGAGAGUGUGAAGGCCAUGGGUCUGUGUCCAUACGAGGACGACAUUCCCUGGGACACCAUAAGGGACAACCGGGACCUGACCGUCUUCACCAGCUGGGACCCAAACGAGAGAAAAUUGACCGAGGAACACAGACGUCUGUCUCUGGAGGAGGAGUUAGUUUGGCUGAGGAUACGCUCUCUAACACUUCGCCUGCUCGCCUUUUUGGCCCAUCUUGGACAUACCACAUCACAACAGAACUCUGAAAUGACCAGCGACAAUGGUUUAGGGGAGAAGACAUCCAUGCUCGAUAGCCUGCUUUACGACCUUGACCAGUAUCUACAGAUUGCAGCUCUGAUAUUAGAGAAACACACACAAUAUCCAUUCCUGGGGCCCCCUGCUUCACGACUGGCCUCAGCCCUGUCCAGUGGAAGCUAUCAGUGCCAGUAUGCUGCCUUCCAGCUGGCCUACCAUCUCCAGAAGCUGGAGACUCUUGGACUAGAAGAGUCAUCAGAGCUUCAAGCCAAGAUCUGUAAUGGUUUCAAGUCAUUAGUAGUUCAACUUCAAGAAAUAUUGAAUAAAUGCAAAGGAGAUCUGUUGGAAAUGAAAGACAACAGAUUAAAACCUCAGCCCUCCCUAUUAGAAAACCUAGUGUUCUUUGUUGAGACUGUGUGCAUAGUCUUGUGGAUGGCAAGUUAUUCUGCUAAAGUCCUCCAACCAUUCAAGGCAAGCCUACAGAAAAAGAAAAAGAAGAAAAAGGACAACAAUAUGGCUCUGCCAGCCGCCCUGUGUGGAUUCCAGGAGUUGACCGGAAGCUUGCAGGACCUGCUGACCCAGGCUUUGGCGCAUUUAAAAGAGCAGGAGAUUUGCAUUACUUCCCUUAAACUAGCCAGUUUCACCUUGACGGGAAACACACAGGAUGAACAGUCUUUUACAAAGGGUGCCAUGGACAGGGUGCAAAGCAGUUACUCUCGGUCACUCCAAGAGGUGGGAGAUCUACUGAAGAAGAGAGCAGAAACUCUUAAGAACCUCAAGAUCUGAAGCUCAUCAGACGCCCUGUAUCAAGAUUAUACUCCCACUAUUCACCUCAAACGCUGCAAAUCUUCUUGAUGUUGGUUCACCGAUCAAUCUACAUGGGCUCUAGUUUCUGUGAUUCUCCCACAUACCCGCCAUGUUCACUGUUUUCCCCCCUUGUUCAAGUUCCUUUUCACAUAUUUUAUUAUAUUCUUAGGUUUGCUGAGUUCCCAGUCUGGAUUUUCUCAUGUGUGCAACCUAGCUUACACAAGCACCCCUCUGUUCAUACAUCUUCUAGCACACGGUCUUAUAGGUUACUCUUGAAGUUACACCGCCAUUACGAGAGAUGGGGGGGGGGGGGUCUUGCUCUUUUCUAAGAGGGCAAAAUAGCCGAUGAAUAAACAGUUUGAGACCAACUAAUUGAUUAUUGUACAUAGUCUGCAGAGAAAAGAACUUCAACUACCAAUACUCCAAAUGAGUUCAAAUAUAAAAGUAAGUAACCACUAUUUCCUUCCUGUUGGUUCAUUAUGUUUUCCCUCCAUUUUUCUCUGAUAACUCCCAGAACGCUGGUAGGCCCCUAAGCAGAUUAACGGACACCCUGACGCAGGUUAAGACUGUUUUGAAAAGACAUAUUCCCCCUUAAGAUUGUAGUUUUUUUAUUUCCCAGCUGCCCUUCUCCAGGCAUUAAACAGUAUAAUCCACGAGUGUAUUUUGAUGCCCACUAUGGAAAUAUGGACACCUGGCACAGGUCAGACUAGAGGUUAUCUGGAAUGAAAGUUCUGCUUGCAUUGUUCUUGUCUCUGGAAUUUAUUGUUUUGGGGUUUUCCGUUUUGUUUUUUUUCUUUGUGUUUUGAUUUUUUGGGACUGAAGUGGAGCCACCUGUGUAGUUGCAGUAUUACAAAGUGCAAAGAUGAGAUAAACCAAGCUAAGCUAAGCCAGUUCUCUUAGAAAUCUCACCUCUGAAUGCCUGGUUUUGUCCUCCUUUCGUCAGAGUACUGGUGUUUAUGUUAUGCCUAUUGCCAUUUCAUGUUGGUUUGUGUUAACGAGUCAAGUCAAUCAUAUACCCUGCAGAAGUCACGGUGAAGUCAAAGCGAGGGAUCGUUCUGAAUAAAAGUGGACGCUCACCACGCGUGGUGCACCUCAGGGUUAUCUCCUGCUGCUCUGUGAAUGGGAAUUCCCUCUGUGCAUGGCAUCCAUUUAACUACAUGGGAUAUUGGCUGUGAUAGUCAGAUCAACAAAUUGCAGAGAAAAUUAAGUCAUGACUAUAAUUUGAAUUGUUGGCAGUACAUGAAGGUUUGAGAAGAAUGAUCUGAACAAAUGAGUAUCUACUGUGACUCGUCCUAACUUUCCUUUUACCAAGAUGCCGGUCUGUAAAAUAUUCUGGAAUGGCCUUUUUUCCCCCAACUCGCUAAAUGGCUUGAACCAAGACAGUUGUGUUUCAAAAAUAACUAAACAUUGGACCUAACUGUAAAUAAAUGUGAAGGCAAUGUUGAAAGUACUGUGUGCGAGGAACAUGGCUGAACAUAUUUUUUGAAAACUGCUGCAGCAGGUCUGAGGUUUGUUUCACAUUAAAUGUUCUUUUUCCAAUCCCUUCUAGUCACUCUCCGAAAUGUUCGUGCACCAAAGUUUUUUCCGCAGUCUUUGCAAACUUCCGUUUGUGUACAAAAGCGAUGGCAAAUGUCAAGAUACUUCCUGAUUCGUAGAGAAACAAAAACAGAAGUAGAUAUAGUCCCUCUUAUCGCCCAGGGGGUACGAGGAGACCAGCACGAUUUCUGACGUACCACUGAAUAUUCUUACUUCUCGCACCACAGGCGGACUACGAGUCCCGUGUCCUGCUUCACCGGGUGGACUCUGACUUGAGAGAUAUUGUGAACACACGGUGACCUCCUUUUUAGGCCCACCCAUUCUUGUAUAAACAUACAAUCGUACACCUCGACACAGAGUUAACUUUUCAACAGAAAGCCCAGCUGGUUGAAGGCCCCUAUGGCAGGAAAGAUGUGUGUGAGCCGGAUCAAUGGUUUUUUUUGAGGUUGAGCGUAAUGAUUGAUAAUCUGGAGUGUCAUCUCUUUUUUUUCCCCUUCUUUAGAAAAUGGAAAAAGAAAAGUACUGUAAUGUCAAAGUCUUUCUAAUAAAAAGUACA